UCUCUUCCACCAACCAUGAUCACCGCGUUGAUCCUCUCGCUUCUAGCAAUCGCCCAAGGCCUGCAGGCUGCACCCGCCGGUUCCGCCGGCUGUGACCCCGCCUCCAACUCGAUCUCCGGCUUUCGCAAGUGCUACUCUCGCGGACCGGUCCUAGCCACGGCCAUGCUGCCGACGCCGCGAUCGUACGGCGCGGCCGGUUCGAUCGUCGUCAGCUGCGAAGAGAUGACCGGGUACAUCCUGGCGCUGAACCGGUUCUACGAGCGGCGGUGCGUCCGCAUGAGGCAGGAGUGUCCCCAGGAGCUGCAGUACGCGAUCACGUGGUUCGCCACGGUCGGGACGGAUUUGGCUAUUCAGUGUGACUCGAAGCGGAGCAAUGCUGCGUUAUCGGCGGCGCACGAGAAGGACUACGAUAGUCGGUUUCCGGAUAUCUUGGCAGAGGUAGAUUACGAUCCGGAUCCAUACUAUCCAACGUAUAAGCCUGAAAUAGCCUCUCCAGGUCCAACUAAAAGUAAGUCAUUGUAGAGAAGCCAGGAUUUCAGAUAGGAUUGACCACAAAUAACAAGGAUUCGCAAAACAUUGUAUUCAAUAAAGAAGAUACUAACAAAUGUUACCUGAU